CGCUCCUCUCGAUUUCGGGCAGAUGACAUGUCUGGCGACUUGUACGCAUCCGAGCCGGCCGCCUUUUGCCCGCAUACCCCCCCGAUUGGCCAUUGCGACUCCAUAUGUUCCAACUCUUAAACCGGAUACCGCCGCACAAAUGUAGCAGACUGCCCCUUCGUCGCUCGCUCGCAGCGACAGCCCGCCCUAGGCCAUGGUGGUCGAUACUCUCUUCGCCGCGAGAGGAAACUCUGGAAGGCACACUGGAAGAAGCAGCUGGCGGCAACGCGGCCAAAGGAAAACUCAUUAGCUUCGACCUACAACCACGUCUCAUGCAGGCGCAAAAAGAGGUGGUUACGGUCCAUAGAAGCUACAGAUGUUCCAGACAUAAGCAGGUCAUGCUGCUCAACAAGUUCCUUCUCCAAGCGUACGAUGAUCCAAAGGACGAGGACACCCGGAAAAACUUGUGGAAAUGGUAUUGCCACGCAAAGUUUUCUUUCCCUGAGGUUCUGGAUGCGCUGCCAGAUAAGGCUUGGGAUAUAUUGUGGAACACUCAGUCCCAGCAGUCACUAUCAAAUGCGAACAGCAUGGAACAUUUGAAGCAGCUGGUGGAGGACAUGCGAACCACCGGACGCACCGCCACAACAGCCCAGCAGCUUGCGCAUAUAGAGGCAACAUUCUUGGAAGGAAAGAGAGAAGAGGCUCUUCAACAAUGGGAACAAGGAUACGAUAUAUCAUUGGGACAGUCUGUCGUUGGUCGCAAUCCGGAGUUCAUGGAACUCGGCCUCCGCAUGUGGUCAGUUGCCGGCAAUCCCGACCGGGCCCAGAAGGUCUUGAUUGAGUUGUUCGCCAUGGCGCCAAAAUGGGAUCCUCGAGUUAUUGUCCCGGUCUUUGAGGCACACAUCCAAAAAGGGCGGGACAAGAACAUCAAUCUGGCAUGGGCACUCUACACUCACAUGAAGUACCUAUUGGGCGACAAAAUGACUUUGGAAGACUACGAGAAGUGUUACUUGGGUUUUCUUUAUAGGAAGAAGCAGCAACACGCCCUGGCAGUAUUCAAAGAAAUGAUGCUCCUUGGACAGAAACCCGGUGGUGAAGAUGCAGGCAAAUUCAAAAGCCAAAUCCUUUCAGGAUUUGAUAGCCUGCCCGCUGUCUGUCGAAAUGCUUCGGAGGUAAACGAGACCUUUCUGCAUGCAGUGACAGCACUACCUCGGGAGUGGCAGAACAAAUUCUUUUUCGGAAAGUGGCUGAAAAGGCUCAUCGGCAUGGGCGAGCUGGAAUCAGCAGCCCAGGUCAUAGAAUUCAUGUUCGAAAGCGGAAUCAAACCGGAUGCCCGCCACCUCAACGGCCUCAUGGGCGCUUGGUUCCGUAGUGGCAUCACUCAGAACAUCGAAAAAGCUGAAAGUCUUGGUCUGCAGAUGGUCCGGGGGAGAAUGAACCUGGUGCGAGAGCGUAGCGCCAACGAGACCAACCGCAGACGUCCUGCAAAGUCGAAUGAAGCAUCCAAUCGGAGUAUCGAGUUGCCAGUAUUCAUUGAACGACCCAUUCCUCCGGCAACCAGCGAAACAUUCGGAGUCCUUCUCGAGAUUUAUUUGCACAAACGGGAUUGGAACAAAGUGGACGAUCUCCGAAACUGGCAAAGUGAGGCCCAACUCCGCAUGAACGUAGCGGCCAUGAACUCUUUCCUCGCCUUCUACAUCGAGCGCGGCCAGUACCUUGAGGUUUGGAAGCAGUACAAGGACUUCACGGAUCCAGCGAACAAUGAGCGCGUCAUCCCGGAUGAGGCCACAUACGCCUAUCUUUGGGCCACGGCACACGCACGCUGGGUACGCAGCGGCAUGCGCGACUACCAGUACCUGCAGCGAGCGUUCCCGACAAACCGCGCCAUCAUGAAGGAGACGCUCGCCUGGCUGAACAGCGUGCCCAACAAAGCCGCGGCUGCAAGCCACCUCAUGCAGCGCAACAAGGUCUACCACCGCAUUGUGGAGUGCUUCUGCCUGGAGAAAGACCUCCCCGGCGCGCUAGUCGCGCUGCACGCCUUCAAAGCCAACCUCGGCGUCUAUCCCGACCAGCACACCGCCACCAUCCUUGCCAAGUACAUCUCGCGGAUAGGCUUCCGUGCCCGUAGCCCGGCGCAGCGCCGCGAGGUCGCCAGGUCAAUGGGGUACUUGAAAAAUGUCUCGAAUGUGCUGCAGGUGCUUGAGGCGCUGUUCCAGCGACGGGCGAGACAGCUGGUGAGUGAGGGGAAGGGCGAGAUGUCGAAAGAGGAAAAGGACGAGCUGUUUUUGAACGUGCUGAGUGAGCUGAUUAGGGUUGUGCUUGUUAGGAGGGAAGAGCCGGGGACGGUGGAGCAUAGGAUUUGGAAUGCUAAAAAGAAGAUGGGCGUGAGGGAGAUUGAGACGGGGGAUAUAGAUGCUUUUAAUGUUAGCUGAGGAUGGGGUUGGAGUGGGCUGUUGGAAAACAACUCGCAUGCUCAUGGUGUAUGGUCACUUGUUCUCCAUCCAUUGUGGUGCGGGCUUUUUGGCGUUGGGAAGGCUUUGGCGGAAAACCAACUUGUUGCUGUUGAGUAUAUUUAUACCCUUCCUGUACGUUGUCUUUUUACGUAUUAGAUAGUUUGUAUACAUUUAGCUAGAAGUAUGGGUAGGGCAAGGCGCUGGGGUGCAA